CACAUACACAUUUAUUUCAAUUUAACGCGAUUUAAAGGCGAAAAAAAUCGAGACCGCGCGUUGGUUGAAAUGCGUAAAAAAGCGCAGAAAAGCAGCAGAUGUGUGUGAUUAAAGCUCUGCUGCUGCAGCUGGGAGACAUUUGAGGGGCAGAUCAGGGACCCUCGGUGCCCCCCGGACCUCAGAUUGAGCCCCGCUGGUUUCAUCAUAGGUUUCCAUGGGUAUGGCUCUUGAUGGGAGAAGCUGAAGCGCUUUAAAGCUCCGGCUCCGGUGUGUACGUGCCGUCCUCCUUUUGACACGUUUAUAUUGAUAUUUAUGAUAUUUCUGGUCUCGUGGGUGUCGAUGGAGGAUAAAAGGAGGCAGAUAUGAGUGAAAACCCGCUCGUGGCGGGUAGAAAAAGUGUUUUUUCGGAGGAAACGCGGAGCUUUGAGCAUCAACAUGGCGACAGAAGCGGCUCGUUUGGAAAGCGAGACAAUUAAGCUCCUCGCCCCAGCUGAGCCCCUCGCCUCCCUCUGAAGGAGCAGGAUGACAAGAUGGCACAGCUGCUUGUACCGCCCGGACCUGACAGCUUCCGCCCCUUCGUCCCCGAGUCGCUCGCCGCCAUCGAGAGGCGCAUCGCCGAGGAGGAGGCCCGGAGACCGCGGGUGGAGCGCCGCCUCGACAGCAGCGACGACGACAAUGGGCCCAAGCCCAACAGCGACCUGGAGGCCGGGAAGUCCCUGCCCUUCAUCUACGGGGACAUCCCCCCCAAACUGGUGUCCACCCCUCUGGAGGACAUGGACCCCUUCUACAGCAACCAGAAGACCUUCAUAGUAUUGAAUCGCGGGAAGGCAAUCUUCCGUUUCAACGCCACUCCUGCCUUGUACAUCUUAAACCCCUUCAACCCUCUGAGGAGGGUCGCUAUUAGAGUUUUAGUUCACUCGAUGUUCAGCAUGUUGAUCAUGUUCACCAUCCUGACCAACUGUGCUUUCAUGACCCUCAGUAACCCCCCGGAGUGGGCCAAGAAUGUAGAGUACACAUUCACAGGGAUUUACACCUUCGAGUCCCUGAUAAAGAUCCUGGCUCGGGGCUUCUGUGUGGGGAAGUUCACCUUCCUGCGGGACCCGUGGAACUGGCUGGACUUCAGUGUUAUCUCCAUGGCAUAUGUCACAGAGUUUGUGGACCUGGGCAAUGUCUCAGCGCUGCGAACCUUCAGGGUUCUGCGAGCCUUGAAAACUAUUUCAGUCAUCCCAGGCCUGAAGACCAUCGUGGGCGCUCUGAUCCAGUCUGUGAAGAAGCUGUCUGACGUGAUGAUCCUCACCGUCUUCUGCCUGAGCGUCUUCGCCCUCAUCGGCCUGCAGCUCUUCAUGGGAAACCUGAGGCAGAAGUGUGUCCGCAUCCCGGACGCCACCAACGCCACCAACGCCACCAACGCCACCGCCGGAGACAUGAUGCUGUUCAACAGCACGCAGAACUGGACCGAGUACAUCAACGACGACCGAAACUACUAUUACCUCCCGGGCCGCAGGGACGCUCUGCUCUGUGGGAACGGCAGCGGCGCCGGACUGUGUCCGGAGGGCUUUGAGUGCCUCAAAGCGGGUCGUAAUCCGGACUACGGCUACACCAGCUUCGACACGUUCAGCUGGGCCUUCCUGUCCCUCUUCAGACUCAUGACCCAGGACUACUGGGAGAACCUCUACCAGCAGACUCUGCGUGCGGCCGGGAAGCCCUACAUGAUCUUCUUCGUGCUGGUGAUCUUCCUGGGCUCCUUCUACCUGGUGAACCUGAUCCUGGCCGUGGUGGCCAUGGCCUACGACGAGCAGAACCAGGCCACCAUCGAGGAGGCGCAGCAGAAGGAGGAGGAGUUCCAGGCCAUGCUGGAGCAGCUCAAGAGGCAGCAGGAGGAGGCGCAGGUUGCCGCGGCAGCAGCAGCCAAGGAGAGCGGGGAGUACAGCGGGCGAGGCGGCGGCGGCGGCCCCACCUCCGAGUCGUCCUCGGGGACGUCCAAGCUCAGCUCCAAGAGCGCCAAGGAGCGCCGCAACCGCAGGAAGAAGAGGAAGCAGCGCGAGGAAGAGGAGGAGCGCGCCGCCAGGGACAAGUUCCACAAGUCGGAGUCGGAGGACAGCAUCAAGAGGAGCAGCUUCCGCUUCUCCAUCGACGCCAACAGGCUCUCCUACGAGAAGAGGUGCUCCUCGCCAAACCAGUCCCUGCUGAGUAUCCGUGGUUCCCUGUUCUCUCCUCGGAGGAACAGUCGGGCCAGCCUGUUCAGUUUCCGUGGUCGAGCGCGUGACAUGGGCUCGGAGAACGACUUCGCCGACGACGAGCACAGCACGUUCGAGGAGAGCGACAGCCGGCGCGGCUCGCUGUUCCUGCCGCGCCGCUACGAGCGCCGCCUCAGCGCCGUCAGCCAGACCAGCCUGGGGGCGCCGCGCGUCCUGCUGCCCGCCAACGGCAAGAUGCACUGCGCCGUCGACUGCAACGGAGUGGUGUCGCUGGUCGGAGGAACCUCCGUCACCACCUCCCCCGUAGGUCUCCUGCUGCCCGAGGGCACGACGACGGACACGGAGCUGAAGAAGCGUCGCUCCGGCUUCCACCAGCCGUCGAUGGAUUAUUUAGACGAGCCGACGGGUCGACAGAGAGCCAUGAGCGUGGCCAGCAUCCUCACCAACACCAUGGAGGAGCUGGAGGAGUCGAGGCAGAAGUGCCCCCCCUGCUGGUACCGCUUCGCCAACACGUGUCUGAUCUGGGACUGUAACCCGGCGUGGCUGAAGGUGAAGGACAUCGUGAGCACCGUGGUCAUGGACCCGUUCGUGGACCUCGCCAUCACCAUCUGCAUCGUCCUCAACACGCUCUUCAUGGCCAUGGAGCACUACCCCAUGACCAACAACUUCAACAACAUCCUCUCCGUCGGCAACCUGGUGUUUACGGGGAUCUUCACAGCAGAGAUGUGCUUUAAGAUCAUCGCUCUGGACCCCUACUACUACUUCCAGGAGGGCUGGAACAUCUUCGACGGCAUCAUCGUCAGUCUGAGUCUGAUGGAGCUCGGCCUCGCCAACGUCGAGGGUCUCUCCGUUCUCAGGUCCUUCAGACUGCUGCGGGUGUUUAAACUGGCCAAGUCGUGGCCGACCCUCAACAUGCUGAUAAAGAUCAUCGGGAACUCGGUGGGCGCUCUGGGGAACCUGACCCUGGUGCUGGCCAUCAUCGUCUUCAUCUUCGCCGUGGUGGGCAUGCAGCUCUUCGGGAAGAGCUACAAGGAGUGCGUGUGCAAGAUCUCCGACGAGUGCAAGCUGCCGCGCUGGCACAUGCACGACUUCUUCCACUCGUUCCUCAUCGUGUUCCGCGUUCUGUGUGGCGAGUGGAUCGAGACCAUGUGGGACUGCAUGGAGGUGGCGGGACAGUCCAUGUGCCUCAUCGUCUUCAUGAUGGUCAUGGUCAUCGGAAACCUGGUGGUCCUGAACCUCUUCCUGGCUCUCCUCCUGAGCUCCUUCAGCGCCGACAACCUGGCGGCGACGGACGACGACAGCGAGAUGAACAACCUGCAGAUCGCCGUGGGGCGGAUCCAGCGCGGCAUCGCCUUCCUCAAGUCGGCGGUGCGCCAGUUCCUGCAGAGCGUCUGCUUCGGGGGCGGGGCCAAGGGUCCCGGGGGCCCCGGGGGUAAAGGAGGCUCCGCCCUCUGUGGCGAGGAGAGCAAACCGCUGGACGAACUCCACAGCAACGGGAAGGGAAACUGCAUCUCCAACCACACCUCGGUGGAGAUCACCAAGGAGCCCUGUGGCGGCGGCGGCGGCGUCUACGUCAUGGAGGGCAACGGGCGGCCCAGCGGCGGGCUGCUCCUGCUGGGGGGGGUCGGGGGGGGGGACGCCACGGGGAAAUACCCGCUGGACGAGUGUGGCGACUGCAUGUCUUUUAUUCACAACCCCAGCCUCACCGUCACCGUGCCCAUCGCCGUCGGAGAGUCCGACUUCGAGAACCUGAACACGGAAGAUUUCAGCAGCGACUCCUCGGACGUGGAGGGCAGCAAGGAGAAGCUCGAUGUAGAGCCCCAGCGUCUGAGCUCGUCGGAGGGCAGCACCGUGGAUAUCCGCCCCCCGGGAGACGGGGUGGACUCGGUGGAGCUGGAGCCCGAGGAGUCGCUGGAGCCCGAGGCCUGCUUCACAGAGGGCUGUGUGAGCAGGUUCCAGUGCUGCCAGAUCAACGAGGACGAUCAGCACUUUAAGAGCUGGUGGAACCUCAGAAAAACCUGCUUCAUCAUCGUGGAGCACAACUGGUUCGAGUCCUUCAUCAUCUUCAUGAUCCUGCUGAGCAGCGGAGCUCUGGCCUUUGAGGACAUCUACAUCGAGCAGAGGAGGACCAUUAAAACCGUGCUGGAGUUCGCCGACAAGGUCUUCACCUACAUCUUCAUCCUGGAGAUGCUGCUGAAGUGGGUGGCGUACGGCUUCGUCAAGUACUUCACCAACGCCUGGUGCUGGCUCGACUUCCUCAUUGUAGACGUGUCCCUGGUUAGCCUGGUGGCUAACGCGCUAGGCUACUCUGAGCUCACCGCCAUCAAGUCUCUGCGGACGCUGCGAGCGCUGCGGCCCCUGAGGGCGCUGUCUCGCUUCGAGGGCAUGAGGGUGGUGGUGAACGCGCUGCUGGGCGCCAUCCCCUCCAUCAUGAACGUGCUGCUGGUCUGCCUCAUCUUCUGGCUCAUCUUCAGCAUCAUGGGCGUCAACCUGUUCGCCGGCAAGUACUACUACUGCGUCAACACCACCACGGACGAGAUCUUCCCCAUCGACGUGGUCAACAACUGGACCGACUGCCUCAACCUGGUCAACGACAGCGCCCGCUGGAAGAACGUCAAGAUCAACUUCGACAACGUCGGCGCCGGGUACCUGGCUCUGCUGCAAGUGGCGACGUUUAAAGGCUGGAUGGACAUCAUGUACGCUGCCGUGGACUCUAGAAACGUGGAGGACCAGCCGCAGUAUGAAGUCAACCUCUACAUGUACCUCUACUUCGUCAUCUUCAUCAUCUUCGGCUCCUUCUUCACCCUCAACCUCUUCAUCGGCGUCAUCAUCGACAACUUCAACCAGCAGAAGAAGAAGUUCGGAGGGCAGGACAUCUUCAUGACGGAGGAGCAGAAGAAGUACUACAACGCCAUGAAGAAGCUGGGCUCCAAGAAGCCCCAGAAGCCCAUCCCGCGUCCCCAGAACGCCUUCCAGGGCUGCGUGUUCGACUUCAUCACGCGGCAGGCCUUCGACAUCGUCAUCAUGAUCCUCAUCUGCCUCAACAUGGUCACCAUGAUGGUGGAGACGGACGACCAGACGCCCGACAUGGACAAGAUCCUCUACUGGAUCAACCUGGUCUUCAUCAUGCUCUUCACCGGGGAGUGUGUGCUCAAGAUGAUCUCCCUCAGACACUACUACUUCACCAUCGGGUGGAACAUCUUCGACUUCGUCGUCGUCAUCCUCUCCAUCGUCGGAAUGUUUCUGUCGGAGGUGAUCGAGAAAUACUUUGUGUCCCCGACGUUGUUCCGAGUGAUCCGCCUGGCGAGGAUCGGCCGGAUCCUCCGCCUCAUCAAAGGCGCCAAGGGGAUCCGCACGCUGCUCUUCGCCCUGAUGAUGUCACUGCCGGCGCUCUUCAACAUCGGCCUGCUCCUCUUCCUCGUCAUGUUCAUCUACGCCAUCUUCGGCAUGUCCAACUUCGCCUACGUGAAGCGCGAGUCGGGCAUCGACGACAUGUUCAACUUCGAGACGUUCGGCAACAGCAUGAUCUGCCUCUUCCAGAUCACCACGUCGGCGGGGUGGGACACCCUUUUGGCGCCGAUCCUCAACAAGCGUGAGCCGGACUGCGACAGCCAGACGGAGCACCCCGGCAACAAUUACCGCGGCAACUGCGGCAACCCGUCGGUGGGCAUCCUGUUCUUCGUCAGCUACAUCAUCAUCUGCUUCCUCAUCGUGGUCAACAUGUACAUCGCCGUCAUCCUGGAGAACUUCAGCGUGGCCACGGAGGAGAGCGCCGAGCCGCUCAGCGAGGACGACUUCGAGAUGUUCUACGAGGUGUGGGAGCGCUUCGACCCGGACGCCACGCAGUUCAUGGAGUACAGCAAGCUGUCCGACUUCGCCGACGCCCUGGACCCGCCGCUCAGGAUCCCCAAACCCAACAUGAUCCAGCUGAUCUCCAUGGACCUACCGAUGGUCAGCGGCGAGCGCAUCCACUGCCUCGACAUCCUGUUCGCCUUCACCAAGCGCGUGCUGGGCGAGAGCGGCGAGAUGGACGUGCUGCGCGGCCAGAUGGAGGAGCGCUUCAUGGCGUCCAACCCGUCCAAAGUCUCCUACGAGCCAAUCACGACCACGCUGCGGCGGAAACAGGAAGACAUGGCGGCGGUGGUGAUCCAGCGGGCGUUCCGCCGCUUCAUGAUCCGCCUCGCCAUGAAGAAGGCGUCCACGCUGUACAAGGAGCAGCUGAAGGAGAGCAGCAACCGUGACCCCGACAAAGACGUCAUGGUCGUCUGCAAGUUCAGCGCCGAGAACUCCACGUCGGACAAGACGGACAUGACGCCGUCCACCGCCUCGCCGCCGUCCUACAACAGCGUCACCAAAUCGGACAAAGACAAGUACGAGAAGGAGAACAAAGGCAAAGACCGGAAGAAGUAGACUCCGUUAUUCAUAAUAAUAAUAAUAAUAAUAAUAAAUGCAUCAGAGAGGGAAACUUGUUUACAGCUUCUAACGGGCGGCGAGGCGGCGGCGGCGAGGAGGCGGAGUCUCGCUGCGACACACACACACACACACACACACACACGCUUGUGAUUGAUUCCCUCCUGGUUGUUGUUCUCUGAUCCACUCUGAGUCGUGUGGCGUUGUGUGUCUGUAGCGUCACUAGUGCUGCUGCUACUAAUCAACCCGCGUAGCUUCAAGCUAACGCUAGCUAGCGCUCGCUCGCUGUUUCACUCUCUACAUCUUUUAGUCUCUCUGCUCCGUUCUGGUUUUUUAUCAGGGAGAAUGUUUUCUACUUUGUUGUGUUGCUGUGAGAAUGUUUCACUGUGGUAGAAUCACUAAGGACACACACAGUGAUGCUGGAAACACAAACAGAAA